AUGGAAGUGAAAGGUCAACAUUUGGAUCCUGCAAAAAUAACAAUUGGCGAAAAUUUUGUAGACCGAUUACCCGAUAUUCCUGGUGGUUGGAAGGAGAAGGAGCUGGUGCGGGAUCUGCUGCACGACUACGAGAAGAAGGCUCGCCCUGUGGUCGAUGGGGUCUCGCCAAUUGCUCAGCUCUCGGAGACCCUCUCAGUGCAGCAGAUCACAAUCGAGUUCGGCCUCUCACUGAUCCAAAUCCUUGAAUUGGAUGAAAAUGAACAAGUCCUCACGACAAGUAUUCGGACUCUCUAUAGAUGGAAGGACUACCACAUGGUCUGGGACCCUGCUGAGUACGAUAACAUCACAUCAGUCCAAAUACCAACUUCAAAACUAUGGCUUCCGGACAUAGCUUUGUAUAAUUACGCUGACGAAAGGCUAGAGGAGAGAAGGCGCUCCGACCUGUUAGUGUCCUACACAGGAACGGUGGAGUGGCAGCCGCUGGCCAUCUACAAGAGCGCCUGCUUUGUUCACAUCAAGUACUUUCCUUUUGAUCAGCAAAAUUGCAAAUUCAAGUUUGGACCCUGGACUUAUGACGCCGCACGGACAAACAUAACCUUCUACAACAACUCGGAUGGAUGGUUUCUGAACGAUUACGAGGAGAGCCCUGAGUGGGAGCUGCUGGCCACCAAGGCCGUCUUCACCGGUUUCAAAUACCAGUGCUGUGCAGAAAUCUACCCCGACAUAACUUUUCAACUGGUAAUCAAGCGUCAGCCGGCCUUUUACAACUACGUCAUCAUCCUCCCUUGUUUCCUGCUUUCCUCGCUUACGCUCGUCCUCUUCUGUCUCCCUGCCGAAACACCUGCGAAAAUGCAGCUCGGUAUGACGAUGUUUCAAGCCUUCAAUUUCCUACUGCUCAUUUUGACUCAGUCGAUUCCUUCCGGCGCCAGUUCUUUCCCUCUCAUAGAGUUAUUGAAGAUUGCUAAGGCCUCCCAAAUCUAUUCUGAGACAGCACCGGUCACUGUAUUCAUAGAAUACGGGGCCCGUCUCUUUUUCAUCAACUCACCGUCGUCGCGUGCGGCCAAAGCGAAUUCGGCUUCCGCAAAGACCAAUUGCAUAGGAGCUGGUGGUGUUGGAGGCAACAGCGGUGGUGGUAGUGGAUGGUCACGACGGGCAGCCGACUCGGCGCUGGCGGAAGCCGCACACGCCGACAAGGUGAUGCGCUCUGCUGCUGGCGCCACCUAUCGAUCCACCUUCCAGACACUGCCGGCACAGAUGGGGCGAUGUCAUACGCGGAACUCCUUCAGAGGUAUAUCCCUACUUUAUGUACCUACCUUCUCUGACCUUGUGACAUCUAUGGAUGAAUAUUCAAGUCGCGGAUAA